UGACGUCAUUUUUAUGGCCUUGUAGGCGUGGCGUCGCUGCCGGCAUUACGUCACCGGGUAAGCCGAGAUAUGGGCGUGGCUUCCGGGGCAGGGGGCGUGGCUUGAGGGCAAUGGCGGCGCUGCGCGUGCUCGUGGGGGUGAAGCGCGUCAUUGACUUCGCCGUCAAGGUGCGGGUGGCGCCCGGCGGGGCCGGGGUGCAGACGCAGGGGGUGAAGCACUCGCUGAAUCCCUUCUGCGAGAUCGCCCUGGAGGAGGCGGUCAGGCUGCGCGAGGCGGGCACGGCCAACGAGGUCAUCGCCGCCAGCCUGGGCACCAAGGCCAGCCAGGAGACCCUGCGCACGGCCCUGGCCAUGGGUGCUGACCGGGCGGUGCUGGCCGAGCUGGGGGAGGGGGCGGCCGCGGGGCCCCGCGAGGUGGCCACGGCCCUGGCAGGGCUGGUGAAGCGGCUGCAGCCGCAGCUGGUGCUGCUGGGCAAGCAGGCCAUCGAUGACGAUUGCAACCAGACCGGGCAGCUCCUGGCCGCCAUCUUGGACUGGCCGCAGGGCACGUUUGCCUCGCGGGUGCAGCUGGAGUCGGGGGCCGUGCUCGUGGAGCGCGAGGUGGACGGGGGCCUGGAGACGCUGCGGCUGCGGCUGCCCGCCGUGCUGACGGCCGACCUGCGCCUCAACGAGCCCCGCUACGCCACCCUGCCCAACAUCAUGAAAGCCAAGAAGAAGCCCCUGGAGGUGCUGCCGGCGGCCGAGCUCGGGGUCCCCGCGGGGCCCCCCCGGCUGAAGGUGCUGCAGGUGCAGGAGCCGCCGGCCCGGGCGGGGGGAGAGAAGGUGGAGAGUGUGGAGAGCCUGCUGGGGAAACUGAGGCAGGCCGGCCGCAUCUGAGACUCCCAGUUCAUCCCAGUAUAAACCAGUGCCUCCCAGUAACCCCCCAGUGCCAUCCCAGUCCAUCCCAGUUCAUCCCAGUGUGUCCCAGUCCCAUAUGGGGGAGAGCGUGGAGAGCCUGCUGGGGAAACUGAGGCAGGCCGGCCGCAUCUGAGACUCCAGUAUAAACCAGUUCAUCCCAGUAACCUCCCAGUGCCAUCCCAGUUUGUCCCAGUUCAUCCUAGUGGUCUCCCAGUUCAUCCCAGUGCCAUCCCAGUAAACCCCCCCAGUGCUGGAAGAGUCAGCACCAGUAAGAACCAGUUCAUCCCAGUUCAUCCCACUUUGUCCCAGUUUGUCCCAGUUCAUCCCAGUGCUCUCCCAGUUCAGCCCAGUUCACCUCAGUGCCUUCCCAGUUCGUCCCAGUCCAUCCCAGUGCUAUCCCAGUUCAUCCCAGUUCACCUCAGUGCCUUCCCAGUUCAUCCCAGUUUGUCCCAGUUCAUCCCUGUGCUAUCCCAGUUCAGCCCAGUUCACCUCAGUGCCUUCCCAGUUCAUCCCAGUUUGUCCCAGUCUGGCCCAGUUCCCCCCAGUGCCUCCCCCCCCCCCCAAUAAAGGCGUGCCCAUUCCAUGA